UCUAUACAAUAAACGAAACAUGGCCGAUGGAAAAUUAGAAAAGAUGGAAAAGGACUAUAGUCCUCAGGUUGAUGUACUCAUCCCUGAAACUGAAGCCCUCGUCAAGCAAGGAAAACUUAGUGUGGCCCUCGAAAAGAUUCUUUUGCUUGAGAAGCAAGCGCGCAAUGCUGCAGAUCAAGCAUCAACUGGCCGUCUACUCGUUCAAGCCGUCAAGCUUUGCCACCAGGCCGGCGAUUGGAAGGCAUUGAACGAGCAGAUCAUCUUGCUUUCCAAGAAACAUGGCCAGCUCAAGGCGGCUACCACCAAGAUGGUACAAGAAGCAAUGUCUUAUCUUGACACUACACCCAACAAAGAAGCCAAGCUCGAGUUGAUUGAUACUCUCCGCACUGUUACUGAUGGAAAGAUCUACGUUGAAGUUGAGCGGGCACGCGUCACACGUAUGCUGUCAAAAAUACGUGAGGACGAGGGUAAGACAACCGAAGCUGCGGAUAUCCUCCAGGAGCUCCAGGUGGAGACCUUUGGAUCCAUGGAUAAGCGUGAGAAAGUCGACUUUAUUUUGGAGCAGAUGCGCUUGUGUUUAGCAAAGCAUGACUAUGUCCGAACACAAAUUAUCUCAAAGAAGAUUAACACAAAGUUCUUCUUGGAAAAGGAGAAUGAGGAUCUUAAGCUUCGUUAUUAUGAUUUGAUGAUCCAACAUGCAUUACAUGAGGGUCAACACUUGAAUGUGCACAAGUUCUACAAACAAAUCUAUGACUCCGAGUCUAUCAAACUCGACGACAAUAAGUGGAAAGAGGCUCUUCAACAAGCUAUCCUCUUUAUCAUUUUGUCUCCUUAUGACAAUGAGCAAUCUGAUCUUUUGCAUCGCAUAUACCAGGACCCCAAGACUGCUGAUUUGCCAAUUUACAGUGAGCUUGUCAAGCUGUUCGUUACAGACGAGUUGAUGCGAUGGCCCAUGAUCGAAGACAAGUAUGGGGAAUUGCUUGGAAAGACUUCUGUUUUCAAAAAGUCUGCAGAAGAUGGUCAGAAAAGAUGGAAAGAACUUCACCACAGAGUGAUUGAACACAACAUCAGAGUGAUUGCAAAGUAUUACACCCGUGUCUCUACUAAGCGUCUGGGCCAAUUGUUGGAUCUCAACGAAAAGGAUGCCGAAGAAUCUCUGUCAAAGUUGGUAGUUUCGAAGACUAUAUAUGCUAGAAUUGAUCGUAUGGCUGGAAUUGUAUCCUUCCAAGUCAAGAAAGAUGCCAACCAGACAUUGAAUGACUGGUCAAGUGACAUCAACUCGCUUCUUAACUUGGUUGAGAAGACAUGCCAUUUGAUUUCAAAGGAGGAAAUGGUGCAUAGCAUUGCCAAGGUUAUGUAAAUAGUGGAUACGAUUUUUUUAGGUUUAGUAUGGACACCUCAAAUAAAGGAAAUUAGCAUAUGUAACUUUUAUGUUUUCCAAUUUAAAGAAUAACAAUACAAGCACAUAUCUUUGCAAUCUAUAAU